AUGAAUAACACAACCGGCUUGGCACUGUUAGGAGCUGGCAGCCGGGAGGAGUUACCGGCACACCGAGCUCUAACGGGCUGUGUCCUGGCGCUGCUUAUCAUUUGGACGCUUUUAGGCAACUUCACGGUAUGCGCAGCCGUUUAUCGCUACCGGCACCUGCGCGCCAAAGUAACCAACAUCUUCAUCGUGUCCCUGGCUCUGUCAGACCUCCUGGUCGCCGUGCUCGUGAUGCCGUGGAAGGCUGUGGCUGAGGUGGCCGGUUUCUGGCCGUUUGGCGGGUUCUGUAAGACCUGGCUGGCCUGCGACAUCAUGUGCUCCACGGCCUCCAUCCUCAACCUGUGCGUCAUAAGUGUGGACAGAUACUGGGCCAUCUCCAGCCCUUUCCGCUACGAGAGGAGCAUGAACAAGAAAGUGGCUUCUGUUAUGAUCGGCGUGACCUGGACGGUGUCCGUUGUCAUCUCCUUCGUUCCCGUGCAGCUGAACUGGCACAGGGCGGAGAUCGGUGAACCAGGUGGGGAAGAUUUGGCGCUUCACGGUGAGAGCAUUGAUGGGAGCUGUGACUCCAGCCUGAGCCGCACGUACGCCAUCUCCUCCUCCCUCAUCAGCUUCUACAUCCCCGUGGCCAUCAUGAUUGUCACAUACACCCGCAUCUACCGGAUAGCCCAGAUGCAGAUCCGCAUGAUAUCCUCCCUGGAGCGUGCGGCGGAGCACGCGCAGAGUUGUAGGUCGAAUUCACACCGGGAGCUCAAAGUCUCCAUCAGAAAAGAGACAAAAGUCCUCAAAACUCUGAGCAUCAUCAUGGGUGUUUUUGUCUGCUGCUGGUUGCCAUUCUUUAUCCUGAACUGCGCUCUGCCCUUCUGCCCUGGACCAGGGGUACCGGGGGCACAGCGGGGCCCUCACUGCGUCAGUGAAAAAACCUUUGAUGUCUUUGUAUGGAUCGGUUGGAGCAAUUCAUCUCUCAACCCGGUCAUCUAUGCGUUUAACGCGGAUUUUAGAGACGCCUUUCUGCGCCUGUUGCGCUGCCGCGGACGAGGCUGCUGGGCGGCUGUGAGCGCAGCGGUGGAGACAGUGAUGGCGAGCAACGAAGCCGGGAACCUGAAGCAGGAGAGCCCGCUGAAUGUAACGCUGGGCGUCUCCUGCGCCACGAACACCAGGGGAAGUCAGGACAGCGGGAACACCACGGUGACUGUGUGUUACCACAGAGGGACAACCUCGGAGCAGGUGACGGACACCGAGGAAAGCAACGACAAGGACAGACUGACGCAGAUACCGAUAUGA